AUGGAACCAGCCGCUGAGUCAGCUUCAGCGCGCCCACCUCUUCUACAACUUCCUCAAGAACUCUACUCCGACAUCAUCGGGUAUAUUGGCUUAAACGACCGAGCCAGCUUAUUGAGAGUCUGCAAAUCUUUAUACUAUCUUACGUAUUCAUACUUAUGGCGAACCAUCGACUCAAAUAUUUAUACUUUGGAUCGACGCGAGAUUUCCAUUUUCACCUUGCAGAUAAAAAAUGUAUCCAAACUUUCAGAAAUCACUCAAGAGUUAGGAGCCGACGCUCUAGGAUUCCGCCAUAUAAAGGAAUUGAGAUUUGGAUCCGGUGACUUCGAAAACUAUAGCCCUUGGGUUAAGAUGGGCUUGUUGGAUGUUGUCUGUGAUCAAAUUACUUCUAAAAAAAUGGAAAUCCUAAAAGUAAAUUUGAACUGGGAGAGGUUUAAACCAAACGACGAAGACUGCGUCAUUAAAUUCCUUGGGAUUUUGAAGAACUAUUCCGAGCUCAAUAUAAAACGGCCUUCCAUCAUAGCAGUUCAGAACGGGUUAGCUCUGACGUUCCCAUUUCAUCUAUUUGCUUUGGAAUGCUUUUCCAGUUUGAAAAUCGGCCUCAAUAAUAGCCUAUCUCUAAUACCUCCAACCAGAGAAUUAGUGAAGGAUAUACAGGUCCUGACCAAAGUUCUAGCUGGGGCAAUUUCUCUCAAACAUCUACGCGUCGAAGGGAACAGAUUCUUGAAUGACAGCCCGUGCCCGAUCGGUCAACUGCAACCCCAACUAUCGCAACUUCAAGAUGCAAUUACCAAUCUAAAGCAGCUCAGUACCCUAGAACUCACGCUUAUGUUAUUUCAUCCAUCGUUUUUCAUAGUUCCCCCUCAAAAUGUCAAAAGACUACAUCUUACGCCGAUAGUCUCAGUGGCCUGGUGGCGUCAGUUUGCCCAAUGUCCACUUCCAAACGUUGAGAAACUGGUGAUAUAUCCUCAUCACAUGAGCCGAAAGUACAUGGGCGAAGCGGCGACAUGGUGGUCUAAUACUGACCCAGAGGCAAAUCAGGCCGAUCCCGGUGACUUUUUAUUCAAACUACACGAUCUGGCGGUAGAAAGUUUGAAGAUAUUUGAAACAGAUUGCUAUUCAUACUACUGUCCUGAGGAUUUCUUAGAAUUAGUAGUUCAAAGGAACCCAGGACUUGGAGAGAAACAGCGGCAGAAAUAUUUGGAUAUGCAAAUAAAGUGGAAAGCCCAUCCGAGGGACUUCUUCCUAUAUGGUGAAAAGACUAGAUGGGAUAUAGACCCGAGAACUGGGCAACUAAAGCAGUAG